GGGCAUAGAGUAUAGGACUGCAGUAUAGGCUCAUGGACAUACACAGAAAUGCAUAUCUAUAUAUGAGAAACGGGAUGGUAUAUUAAAUAUUGAUAUCAAAUUUAAUAUAUGGUUAAUCUACAUCAUUCCACAAGCAUCAAAUGGUCGAAUUGUCACAUUAUUCUUCCAUAUAAGAGAAUCAAAACAUAUGCUUGUGGAAAUAAUGUUUUAAAAAUAGGAAUCAAGGACUCGAUCGUUCUCUGCCGAUUCUGAUUUAGAUUGGAUUGAAGUUGGUCUCAAAAAUCCUAAAAUCGGCCAUUUAGUUUGAAAACCCAUUGAUUCAGGAGAAUUUUGGCUUAUUCUGAUUUGAAACGACAGAAAUUGAGGUUAGUCUCAGCCAAUUUCUGGUCCAAUUCACCAAUUUUUGAAACCCUGUGUAGAAACCAACACUCAGCCUUCUGGGAUUAUUAGAAAUAAACCGCAGGGUGACCUUUUGCAUUUUAUACUUUGGUCGGACCUGAAUUCGAGCCAACCAAAAUGACGAAAAUAUCGGUCCAACCAAGUACCAGCCCGGUCCCGACGAUUAUUUGAAGUAAACCGCAAAUGGAGAACCAUUUGCAAUUACUGUUCCCAACUCCCGCCUUCUUCUUCCGAUGCUCCAGGAGGGGAAAAGGAUUUGUGAGUGUUCUCGAACUGAAAUCGAAGCAGAACUCCUCUUUGAAUGCGCGGAGUUGAUACUUCCAUGGCUCCCACCGUCCGACCUUGCUUCCGUAUCUUCGACCUGCAAAACCCUCCACCGGAUAUCCCGAAUCAUCACCACCAGGAGAGCUUCAGAUGCCGCGAGAAGCUUCGAAAUGAAUCCCAUCCCUUUCCUUAAUUCCGUCGAUGAUCAACCCUACUGGUAUUUCAUCUACACUCGGUCACAAAUUCUGGGUCUCCCUGACUCGCUUCCCUUAUCUCAACAACCAUGGGGAUUCAUCCCUAACCCUACUAAUCGCAACAGACCGUACUCCAAGCCAUCUUCAGAUACAAGUUUCGAUCUGAACCCGAUGUGUUCCUUCUCAAGAACGUUCGAACUUGAUUGUGGUUGUGACUGUAAGAGCUGUUCUCAAUCUUAUAAAGUGAACGAAGUUGGGGAAUCAGAAUGCUGCCCAUGUUCGACUAUCCAGCCCGAGCUUUUGGGUUCGAGUCCGGACGCGGAGAUGGUGAUGAUGGAGUGUGGACCGAGUUGUGCUUGCGGGUUGGAAUGCGAGUACCGAUCGACUCUGCGAGAAAUUUCCAUUCGACUGGCAAUUGUUAAGGAUCGGAGGAAAGGUUGGGGCUUGCACGCCGCUCAGUUCAUUGGGCGUGGGGAAUUCAUCUGCGAGUACGCCGGUGAAGUAUUGACAACUGAAGAAGCUAGAAGGCGGCAGCAGAAGUACGAUGAACUUGCUUCAAUUAGUCAAUUUUCUUCUGCCCUUUUGGUUGUGCGAGAGCAUCUACCUUCCAGAAAAGCAUGUUUGAGGGUGAACAUUGAUGCCACAAGAGUUGGAAAUGUUGCACGCUUUGUUAAUCAUUCUUGUGAUGGUGGCAAUCUUUCAACAGUCUUGGUGAGAAACUCAGGCUUGUUGCUACCUCGUCUUUGUUUCUUUUCUUCCAGAGACAUACAAGAAGGUGAAGAGCUUACAUUUAGUUAUGGAGAUGUUAGACUCAGGCCUAAUGGCUUACAAUGUUUUUGUAGUAGCUCUGGUUGCUUUGGAGUUCUUCCUUCAGAACAGACAUGAUGUCUUCCUCGGUUUUAGAUUUCCUUUGCUCCAUUUUAGUGUAUGUUUCUGUUGAUGCCUUCCUGUGGCUAAUCUGAUAUAUCUCAUUUGUCAAUCAACAAGCAAUCUUUAGUGCAACUGUUAUAUCUAUCUUUAACCAUCAGAUUGUUGGAUCAUUACUUCAUGGUUCUAUGAUUGAAGCAA